GGGCGGGCGGGCGGGCGGGCGGGCGAGCGAGCGAGCCGGGAUGGAGGGCGCGCACGCCGCCGCGGCCGAGGAGGUGCUGCUCCACUUCGGCGUGCGGGAGAGCUGCGGGCUGAGCCCCGAGCAAGUCCGCCGGAGCCGGGAGAAGUACGGCCCCAACGAACUCCCCGCUGAAGAAGGGAAGUCUCUUCUGGAACUCGUCUUGGAGCAGUUUGAGGAUCUCUUGGUGCGCAUCCUCCUCAUGGCCGCCUUCGUCUCCUUUGUCCUGGCCUGGUUUGAGGAAGGGGAGGAAACGGUGACGGCCUUCGUGGAGCCCGUGGUCAUCAUCCUCAUCCUCAUCGCCAACGCCGCGGUCGGGGUCUGGCAGGAGAGGAACGCCGAGAGCGCCAUCGAGGCCUUGAAGGAAUACGAGCCCGAGAUGGGGAAGGUCCUCCGGGCUGACCGGAGCGGCGUCCAGCGGAUCCGGGCCCGAGACCUCGUCCCCGGGGACAUCGUGGAAGUGGCAGUCGGCGACAAGGUGCCUGCGGACAUUCGGAUCAUCGAGAUCAAGUCCACGACGCUGCGGGUGGACCAGUCCAUUCUGACGGGCGAGUCCGUCUCCGUCAUUAAACACACCGACCCCGUUCCGGAUCCCAGGGCCGUCAACCAGGACAAGAAGAACAUGCUUUUUUCCGGCACGAACGUUGCGUCGGGCCGGGCGGUGGGCGUGGUGGUGUCGACGGGGGUCUCGACGCAGAUGGGGCGGAUCCGGGCGCAGAUGUCGGGGGCGGAGGCGGAGAAGACCCCCCUGCAGGCGAAGCUGGACGAGUUCAGCCGGCAGCUCUCCAAGGCCAUCUCGCUGGUCUGCGUGUGCGUCUGGGCCAUCAACAUCGGGCACUUUGGGGACCCCGUCCACGGGGGGUCCUGGCUGCGCGGGGCCGUCUACUACUUCAAGAUCGCGGUGGCCCUGGCCGUGGCCGCCAUCCCCGAGGGGCUCCCGGCCGUCAUCACCACCUGCCUGGCCCUGGGCGCGCGGCGCAUGGCCCGCAAGAACGCCCUGGUGCGCAGCCUGCCCUCCGUCGAGACCCUCGGGUGCACCUCCGUCAUCUGCUCAGACAAGACCGGCACCCUCACCACCAACCAGAUGUCCGUCUGCCGGAUGUUCAUCGUUGAGAAGAUAGAGGGGAUCCAUUGCACGUUGCACGAGUUCAGCAUCACCGGCUCGACCUACACACCCGAGGGGCAAAUCCUGAAGGACGGCUGCCCGGUCCAGUGCGGCCAGUUUGAUGGACUGGUGGAACUGGCCACCAUCUGCGCCCUUUGCAAUGACUCCUCUCUCGAUUACAACGAGUCCAAGAAAGUCUACGAAAAAGUGGGCGAAGCCACCGAGACGGCGUUGACGUGCCUGGUGGAGAAGAUGAACGUCUUCCACACGGACACCAGCGGCCUCUCCCCGGCCGAGAGGGCCAACGCCUGCAACGCCGUGAUCAAGCGGCUGAUGCGCAAGGAGUGCACCCUGGAGUUUUCUCGCGACCGCAAGUCCAUGUCCGUCUUCUGCACGCCGGUGGCCGCCGGCCCCGGACACAACUCCUCCGGCAGCAAGCUCUUCGUCAAGGGCGCCCCGGAAAGCGUGAUCGAGCGCUGCAACUACGUGCGUGUGGGCGCCACCCGUGCCCCGCUGACGCUCUCGGCCAAGGAGAAGAUCCUGUCCACGAUCCGGGAGUGGGGCUCCGGGACCGACACCCUGCGCUGCCUGGCCCUGGCCACGCGAGACCACCCGCCACGCAAGGAGGACAUGCGCCUGGACGACGCCGGGCAGUUCGCCACCUACGAGACCAACCUGACCUUUGUGGGGUGUGUGGGGAUGCUGGACCCGCCCCGGAAGGAAGUGAUGUCAUCCAUCGAGAUGUGCCGACAAGCCGGCAUCCGCGUCAUCAUGAUCACCGGGGACAACAAGGGGACGGCCGUGGCCAUCUGCCGGAGGAUCGGGAUCUUCUCGGAGAAGGAGGACGUGGCGGGCAAGGCCUACACAGGGCGGGAGUUCGACGACCUCUCGCCUGAGGACCAGAGCCAGGCCUGCCGCGUGGCGCGCUGCUUCGCCCGGGUGGAGCCGGCCCACAAGUCCAAGAUCGUGGAGUACCUGCAGUCCUUCAACGAAAUCACGGCCAUGACCGGCGACGGGGUGAACGACGCCCCGGCUUUGAAGAAGGCCGAGAUCGGCAUCGCCAUGGGUUCCGGCACGGCGGUGGCCAAGUCGGCGGCCGAGAUGGUCCUGUCCGACGACAACUUCUCCACCAUCGUGGCCGCCGUGGAGGAGGGACGGGCCAUCUACAACAACAUGAAGCAGUUCAUCCGCUACCUCAUCUCCUCCAACGUCGGGGAGGUCGUCUGCAUCUUCCUGACGGCCAUCCUGGGCCUCCCGGAAGCCCUGAUCCCGGUCCAGCUGCUGUGGGUCAACCUGGUGACGGACGGCCUCCCGGCCACAGCGCUGGGCUUCAACCCGCCGGACCUCGACAUCAUGGACAAGCUGCCCCGCAACCCCCGGGAGCCUCUCAUCAGCGGGUGGCUCUUCUUCCGCUACCUGGCCAUUGGAGUGUAUGUUGGGUUUGCAACCGUUGGCGCAGCGACGUGGUGGUUCCUGUAUGACCCGGAAGGGCCCCAAGUCUCCUUCUAUCAGUUGAGGAACUUCAUGCGCUGCACGGGAGACAACCCCGUCUUCGACGGCAUCGACUGUGCAAUCUUCGAGUCCCGCUACCCAACCACCAUGGCGCUCUCGGUGCUGGUGACCAUUGAGAUGUGCAACGCGCUCAACAGCGUCUCCGAAAACCAGUCCUUGCUGCGGAUGCCUCCGUGGCUGAACCUGUGGCUGCUGGGGGCCAUCGUGGUCUCCAUGGCCUUGCACUUCCUCAUUCUCUACGUCAAGCCCUUGCCGCUGAUCUUCCAGGUGACGCCUGCUGAGCUGGCCGCAGUGGCUGUGGGUGCUGAAGAUCUCCUUGCCGGUCAUCCUCCUGCUGGACGAAGCCCUCAAGCUCCUCUCCCGACACCCUCCUCUCGACGGUAAGAAGCUUUGCCCGGC